AUGACGUACUCGAAUGCAAAGGACAUUUGGGAAAAAUUAAUUAGUGUUUUUGAACAAAGCAGUAUUCAGAGACUUAAUUUAUUGAUGACACAAUUUUUUCAAGUUGGUAGAGAUCCUAAUGACAAUGUUGCUGCACAUGCAGCUAAAGUUGAAAGAAUCUACACGGAUAUGAACGGUGAAUUAAAUCGUAUUGGAUCAAGUAAUAUUCCAGAAGAAUUAUUGCAUGGCAAAAUAUUGCUUACUGUGGGUCCAGAAUUCCAAGAAUUCAGCAAUGUUCGGGAGUCUCUAGACUCUGAUAAACGAACAACCAAGAAUCUUGUUGAAAAAUUGUGUACAAUUGAACAACGUGAAUUUUCUUAUCUGCGACGAUUUCAGGUACAGCGGGCCUGUGAGAUCAACUGA